AUGGGUGAAAAAGAAACAGGGGAAAAUGCCCAGAAGAAUAGAAACAAGAAGUGGAAGAUGGCAUAUAAGGCUCGGAUGAGGCAGAUUGUCCCUGGCCUCUUCCUAGGAAAUGUCGAGGCAUCAUACAAACGGGAAAUGCUUCAAGAGAACCGCAUCAAUGCAAUUGUCUCUCUUACUGACGCUCAAUGGGACCUCCUCGUCCACAUGAGUGAUACUUGCGACUUCAUCGACCAGAUGGCAUCCCCGGUGCUUUCUUCAUUACCCGCCCUACCCAUCGAGUGCAAACAUGAAUUAAAUGACGAGCAAAGCGGCGCUGAUUCGGAGGCGAUAUCAAUUCACUGCGAUCUCGGAAUAUCACGCUCACCAACUAUCAUGAUCGCCUAUCUUAUGCGCAAAUUGAACAUGCAGCAAGCAGAUGUAUUGAAUUUUGUUCAAACAAAGCAGAAAGCCAAACCGAGCUCGAAUCGUACUCGUCAACUUCAAGUUUGGGAGGACGUUGAAUUCCAUUUAUGGGAGAACGAAGAGAGGACUAUCCCGAAACCAGCAUACAAGGCAUUCAUGGAACAUGUGGCUGCUCUUCUUCGGCAAAAAGGGCUCACGGGAAAUGAGUCUCUUGCACCCCAAAGCCUUUGA